AUGGCGGUGCAAAGCGCCCGCGGCUGCGCCGUGGCUUUGUGCAGGUCUUUGGUAUCUGUGGGAGCUUCUCUAGGAUCUGUUACAAAACAAACCCUAUCUGCCGCCCUUCCGCCUGCACCUCGGCCCUUCCGGGUCUGUAACCAUAACAGAAGCAGCCGCAGAGGAGUUGUCGCAGGCAGUCUACAGGAGCUUAUUAGCAAGACUUUGGAUGCCUUAAUGAUCACUGCUGGUUUGGUGACGCUGGUUUUGGAGGAAGAUGGCACAGUGGUGGAUACAGAAGACUUCUUCCAGUCUCUGGGAGAUAACACAUACUUCAUGCUUCUAGAGGGAGGACAGAAAUGGAAGCCAGGGCCGAGCUAUAACAUCACAAAUGUACAGAAGCCAAAGAAAAUGGGAGUAGCAAACAUUACCUUGGAUUUGUACAAGCUGAAUCCGAAGGACUUCAUUGGAUGUCUAAAUAUCAAAGCUACCUUCUAUGAAAUUUACUCUGUGUCCUAUGACAUCAACUGCAUGGGAGCAAAGAGUAUUCUGCGGAAGAUUCUCAGACUUCUGUCUCACGCUGCACAAGUAACAGGACAACUUCUCCUCUGCACGGGCACAUAUGUGCUACAAUUAAUGGGCGACUGUGAGGAUGAUAUGAUUAAAAAUACACAGCACUAA